AAUCUUGGCUCUACACACUUAACUGGCGCAGUCACGGGGUUACUUCUCUCAAGAAAAGUAACUAAAACGAACAAAAGCUAAACUGUUCAAGUGAAAUUUAAAUAAAAUAAAAUAAAAUUAAAUUAAAAGUUAAAAUAUAACUGACAGUCGAACGCCAAUAAAAUAAAAUAAAAUUAAAUUAAAAGUUAAAGUAUAACUGGCAGUCGAACGCAGUCAAAAAAAAAAAUGGAAACACAUAAAACAGAACAAGCAACCACAUCGGCAGUGUCAAUAGAAGCUGCAGCAAAUCAAACUCCAUCUGCCGCAACACGUCACUUGCCACAUAACAAUCCAACUUUUCAAUUACCACUAUCGGAAGCACUAAAAGAAGCAGCGAGAAUCCAGGAGUUCCGAGGAGAUAAUACAUACGACGUCACAUCAUUUAUUAAUGAAGUCGAACUUUUCAUCGACUUGUUUGCCGGUACCAACGUGGAGGAGUAUUUUUAUAAGCGGCACGUCCAAAAAAAAAUUCAAGGAGAAGCAGCUAACGCAAUUAGAGCCCUCGACAAUCCAAGCUGGACAGAAACAAAACAAGAACUCCUGAGGAAUUUUGGAGUUCGCGAAUCGUAUCAUCAACUGUACCACAAGGCGCUGAACGUAAGAAAUUAUAAUGGGCAAUGGACAUCAACAGGUAUAUUAAUCCUGAUGAUAAUACCACUAGUAAUGUCAACAUUAAUAAUCCAACCCAUCAACGAAAACCAUAAUGGAUAUGUCGAAAUAAAAUUAACUGAUGUACAACUAAUUGCGGACUAUACAACUAUACUACAUAUUAUAGAUCUUACUGAAAUCGAAAAGACAAUAGGAAACCUCCAAGAAAACGUAGAACAACUUAAAAUAAUAGAUAAUAAGGAACUUCUCUUAUCAAAAAUAAAGAAAGCUAGGACUAGACUACAUACCCUCCAGAUAAACAAAAAUAAAAGAGGUCUACUCAACAUCGUAGGUUCAGGUCUCAAAUGGAUAGCUGGUACCAUGGAUUAUGAGGACAGAUCCGAAAUAGAAAAUCAUAUAAGUACAAUAGAUGAGAAUAACCACAACAUGAUAGAAGCUUUUAAUAACAAUAUACUGAUAAGUAAUAAUUUCAACGAAACUAUGAGAAAACUAGCUAAAACAAUUGAAUUGGAUAGGCAAAAAAAUUACAGAAAAAUUUAAUAGCAUAGAUCAGUCUAACAAUGAUAUUCUUUCACAUUUAUUUUAUAUGGAUAUUACGUUAAAAAUAAAAAUUUUAAAUGAUAAUAUUGAACAUAUUCAAAACAAUAUCAUUGCUGCAAAUAGCAAUAUUAUGGUCAAUAAUAUACUAACAUCAGAAGAAAUACAAACUUUAGAAAUCGAUUUCUAUAAAUUGCAAAAUAUUAAAUUAGGCGUAGCAAAAUUUAAAAGUAAUAAAAUUUUGUUUUUAAUAAAAAUACCCAAAACAAUUGUAAAUGUAAAGAGAUAUUUUCUAUCACCGCUUGCAGACAAUAAUAAGUUUGAAAUUAACUUUCAAGAAACAGAAAUUGUAUAUUACAAUAAUAAUACAUAUGAUUACUUCAAUAAUCCUAAUGUAAAUAAGCUAAGAAAAACAAAUCUUUGUAUAUUCAACAAUAAUGUAUGUCCAAAAAUCAAAAAUGUAAAAGCAGAAAUAAAAGAACUCGAACUUGGUGUCAUUCUUGCAAAAAACAUAAAUAACACAAAAUUAAUAAAUACUUGUGAUGAACGAAAUGUAGCAUUAAAUAAUAAUAAUUUAAUAAUUUUUAGUAAUUGUAAAAUAGAAAUAAAUAAUGUAAUUUUUUCCAACUAUGAUAAAACAUUUAAAAAUAGCUUCGUUAAAUUACCCACAUUUAUGUACAAUAAUACAAAAUUAACCUUAUCAUUAGACGAAAUAGUCUUGAAUGAGAUAGACAACAUCAAAAAUAUCAAAGAAUUAAAAUUCGAUAAAAAUAUUCACUCAACAUCAAUCAUUAUAACUUUUGUAAUCAUAUUAUUGAUAAUAAUUAUCACUGUGAGUGCUAUUGUCCACAUAUACAAAAAAUUCUCAAUACUUAGAAUAAAAAUUCGGGAGAAUUUUCAAUCAAGGGAAGGAGGAGUUACGUCAGUAACAACGACGGCAGCUCCAACUCCAAAACCACAGCUAAGGCUUAGCCUCCACAAUUAAAAA